AUGGGCUGGGGGGAGAAGGCCAUAGAGAUCCGCUCGGUGGAGACCGGCCACCUGGACGGAGUCUUCAUGCACAAGAGGGCCCAGAGACUCAAGUUUCUCUGUGAGAGAAACGACAAGGUUGGUUCCCCUUCCAGGAGUGAAAACUACUGUCUAAAUACCAUGAGAACAAACCAAAACAAGCUUUUUAAGCCUUUUUUGAGGCUUCUAGGUGAUGUCACCACCGCCAUCCGUGACGUUUUCUACACGCUACCGGAGCAGAUGAGUCUCAUUCGGGCGAAAAGGGGGCGAGUGUGCAACUCUGUGGCCUUCGCUGGCAUCACGGAAAGCGGAGACGCGUGUCGGUGUGACACAGCGUGCACGAGCGCCGCGUUGCGCAACAUCCGUUCGGCUCAAAAUAUGGAGUUGUGA